AUGACGGCUCCGUCAUCCUCUUCCACAAUUCUUGUGGAGCGCGCUCCGGACCCGGUGGACACUUUUGAAAUUGUCGAAACCUUGGUAAGAAAUAAAGCACUCAUAGAAUUUUUCGUAUUUUACCUUUCAUAGUGCAUAAAUUUUAAAAAAAAUAUUUUUUUCCAGGACGCCCUGAAGCUUAGUCCAGAGAAAAAAUUCAUGGCCAAAGCAGCGAGUUAUGACACAAACUUUGAAAAGUUUAGAAAGUACAAGAAAAGCUAUGAUGAGCAUACCAAAGAGGUCAAGGAGAGGUUCAGAGAGUACUAUCAGGUGGGUAUUUAAAAAAAAAGUUAUGUGAGAGUAAAAAAAAACAACAAAAAUUGAUGUUUUUUGUUAUCUGCCUCCUGGAUUUUUUGCUAAUUGUAAGCAAACUUUUAAAAAUUUUCUUUUGGCAAUUUCAACUCAUUCACAAGCCGAUUUUUAAGGCUACCCUAGUAAACGAAUAUUGCAAAGAGAAAGUUUUGGCAUAUUUUUGUUCAAAGCAAGCAAACAGACCAUCGUAUUUUACAAAAAAAGUGACAAAAAACAGUUUUUUUUGGGGUAGUACCCAACCUCCGAGGUACCCCAAGUGCAACGAUCAAAUUUUCUUUAAACUUUGCAAGUUUUUUGGACAUGGCACGUCAAACUGAGAUAAGCUAAAACAGUCCAGUCCGGUGAAUGGAUUGGCAACUUGCCAAAAAAAGACGCGAAGAAACUUUUUGUCGGGGAAGAAAUGGGGAAUUUUUGGGGCGAGAGAGUUUUUUGCGCGUCUUUUCUCUGUCUUGUCUGCGAAAUCAAGACGAAGUUUUAAAAACCGAUAGCGAAGUCUCUAUUCCGGUCGCCGGACUCCUCAGUUUGACGUGCAUGGGUCAGAUAUCAAUCCUAAAAAUUUUAGCUCACGUUUUAUAAGGACAGCCGAGAUAGUGAACGAUUUUUUCGGCCGAGAGAGUACGUAAAAUUCGGAGAGCAGUCAGAGAGAAAAACAUCUUUUGGCCAUAUUUUUGCCAGUUUUGUGCGGAAAAGAAAUAAUUUUUUGCGGAAAUGUUACCGUAGACUGUAGAAAUAAGCAUGAAACUUUAAAUGCCCAAUUUUGCAAAAAAGUGUCAAAUUUUUGCCGAAUUUCGAUUUAAAAGUCCUUUUUAUUUCUGCAAAACAAGAGCUAGGGGUCUUGCAAACUUCUGUAAAAAAAUGCUCUAAAUUUUGCCAAGUUUCAUCAAAAUCUGAGCGUCGCACUUGGAGUACUUCUCCUGUUAGUUCAGACAUUUUUUUUUGGGUUUUCAACAAUUACCUUUGACAAUCCCACAUGAGAAUUAUACGUAUUUUACAACUUAGCGUCAUUUUCCCAAAAUUUUUUUAAUUAUUUCUCGAAAAACGUUAAAAAUCCUUAUGCAAAAAAUGAUGAUUUUAACCCUAUUAAUUAACCAAGUAUCUUCUUUCUAAAGCUUCAUUUUCAAUGAAAAAGAAAAUUUCAAAAUUUCCAGAACCUCCGUCUCUUCGCCAAGGAGCUCGGCUGGCGCACCGAAAACGACUGGUUGAUUGAGCCGGAAUACAGCGAAUACAUUGAGCCCGAAUUCUAUCGCCACUACAAAAUCCUGACCAAUAUUUAUGAGCCGUUAAUUGAGCUGGAUCUCGAUGGUUGGGUGCUGGAAGUUCGGGAUCUUCUCCAUCACAGAGCCGUUGCUCAGAAUAUGGAUCUCAAGAAGAUGACCAUGGAUGGGAAAUUGGUGUUGAAGAAAGUGAAUAGUAAAAAGAUAGAGGACAGUGAAAGUGAGGAUGAUGCGGCUUGCAGUGAGGAAGAGGAGGCCAAGAGGGAACGGGACAAACAAGUCAUCAAUACUGUAAGGUUUUGGAGUUUUUAGGGGUGUUUAUUGGUAUCGGGUAGUAUUUAUUUUCAUAAAGUAUGCAGACUUUUUCUCGCAAGUUAAAAAGCCCCAGUUUGCACUGUGUAUUAGGACUUUUGCUCUGUGCAAUAGAUUAGGUUUAGAAGUAUGACUCCACCGUUUUUUUUGCUCAUUGUUUUGAUCAAAAAAUGAAAAAUUUUUACACUAAACCUUAUUGCAUUUUUUCGAUGCGUUAGAUGCUCUUUUCCUCGCAUUUACACCUACAGAAUAUUAUAAAAUUUCCCGAUUUUCCUAGGAGAAAGUUGGUCAUGUUUGAAGCUUUAUAAAAACAGCUGUGUCAAGUCUUUCUCUACGAAGCGGGUAUCAAUAGAUAGAGUUUUCAGCGUUCUUUCAAAUGAUCUGAACAGAAAUUGCAGGCUCUUACGAUAACCUGUAAAAAAAUGGAAAACAAGAAAACGGCCGGGUCAUACUUCUUGACCCAACGAACAAUUUUUUAAAGACCUUUGCAAGUCUCCUCGAGCAUUGCAGAAACGGCUGAUGUCUUUUAUUCGGAAGUUGGUAUGCAUGUUAAUACUUUUUGGCGAAUAUAAAGUGUUUUCCAAACGGGUAAGGAUAUGGCCAGAAGUUUUUUCUCUGACCGCUCUCCGCAUUUCGCGUACUUUCUUGGCCGCAAAGAUCGUUCAAUAUCUCGGCUGCUCCUGCACAGCACGUGCUAAAACCUUCAUUAAUAUGGCCUAUUCCAUGUGUGGCUUUCGUUUUAUAAGCCUUAGAACUAAAUUUUUCAGGGUCUCGACAUUAUUAGAAAUCUCUUUUCCACGACAACUGAACGACUUUUCAACGAGUUGGAGAGCAUUCCAUUCUUCGACGGUUCGGAUCUCUGUUACCGGGAAUACACUCGGACUUUUGUCGCUUUCUUUGACCACAUCAAACGAUGGGAGAGGUUCUUGAGAGUCCGCUACAACUGGUGGCUCUCCAUGUCCAGGAUUAUGAGGUAUAUAAUUCAUUUUUUGGAAUUAAAUUUUUCACCCAAUUUUGCAGCGACGCCCAAAUCAACGGCCGUUUCGACGAGUAUUUCUCCAAAUUCCGCCGCUACAACCGCGAGGCCUCAGAGUUUUGUCUGGCCAAGGGCUACGUGCAGACCCUUUGUGCGCACCUCGACGAAUGCUCGGUCGAUAAUUUGAAGUCGACCAUUUUCGAGGAGCUCCCAAAACAUGAUCCAGUUCAUAUUCAAAGCGAAAAUUUGAGGAUUGUGGAGGAAAGUGUGGACGAAUUGGAGAAAAUCUUCGAAAAGCUGAGGGUUUUGGCGGAUGUGGACGAAGUUGCGGACGAAAACUUGAAAGUCGACAUAAAUGAGGGCCUUAAAAUCGCGAUCAAAGAGGUCUACAUGAGGUUCUUGAAGGUGAGUGGGGAUUUUUUGGGGAAAAAUGAAAAAAAUUUUUUUAAAUUUGGCAUUUUUACAAAAAAAAAUGCAUUUUUUUUUGGUAAGGAUUCCUAGUGCGGCGCUCAGAUUUUUUUUUGAAAUUUUGCAAACAUGUCAGGUAUAUCCCACAUAUCAAUUCCUGAAAUUUUCAGCUCGCGCUUCGCAGGGGCAGCCGAGAUAUUCGACCGAGAUUUUUAAAUCAAAAGUAUUAAAAAAAGCAACACUUUUUGCUGAAUGUUGGCACCAAAAGUUUCAUACGGACUUCUAUCGUAUUGGGAAAUAUUUCCACAAAAAAACAAUUUUUUUCCAUGCGAAACUGGCAAAGAUACGGCCAAAAAGGUUUUUUUUCUCUGACCGCACUCCGCGUUUCCCGUAUUCUCUCGGCCGCAAAGGAUUGUUCAAUAUCUCGGCUGCGCCUGCAAAGCGCGGGCUAAAACUUUCAGGAAUUGAUAUUUAGCCUGAAAUGUGUGCAAAAUUUAUAAAGAAAAUCUGAGCGUUGCACUUGUUGCACUUGGGCACGGCAAACCAAAAUAGAACAAAAAUGUCUCCCGCCCACUUUUGAGUUUCGUCCAAACGAAGUGUCACAACUGACAAAAGCGAUAAAAUAAUUUCGAGAAAAAUAUUUUUCCAUCGAAAAACCACACGAAAAAUUCUGUUGUGACAUUUCGUGUGAAUUUGACCGAUACUGGGUGUGCGAAGUGCAAAAACCAGGAGGUAGACUCCCCGGGUUGCCGUGUUGGGUCACUUUCCUUGUUAUUUUUCCAACUUUUUUCAUUUUUUCAGCUAAAACUCCUGACCCGUCGCUCCCGCAUCAUAAUCGACGCUCGUUCCUGGGGCAAAUCGGAGCGUCCCGAGCUCUACGAUCGUUGGUAUAAAUGGGCAUUGUCCGAUGACUUGGACCUGGAGAAAAUGCCUCCAAUUGAGACGUUGGAGACCGAGAAAUACCUCCUUCUCAAGGCCCAAAAUGGCACAUUUGUCUACAAGAAGCUGGCUGCGAAAGUCGCGCAAUACAGUCAAGACGCGUUCAAGUGUUAUGACAUGCUGAAAAGUCCGGAGAAAUACCAGCCUUGGACGGAGAGCGCGAUGGAGUGA